AUGCAUCGCGACAUCAAGCUUGAGAACGUACUCCUCUGCACCCCUCUCAACUCCUCCGGUCCUCAGUACUACUACUGCUCCGCAUUACCACCUGCUCCGUUACCGAAGCAAGUAACUGCUUCAAACGACCGUGUUCUCGCGAAGCUCGCUGACUUCGGCUUGGCGGUUCACCUGGCUCCGGGGGAGAAAACCGUCGGAACUGCCGGCAGCCGGCCGUACGAAGCUCCCGAGGUGAUUCUCGGCCAGGAGUACGACAUGAAAGCAGACGUUUGGUCGCUCGGGGUGCUCCUCUUCGGAAUGCUCUCCUGCGCCAUGCCGUUCCAAGGCCAUGGCGACCGGCAGCUGAUUCGCCAGAUUCUCCGCGGAAAUGUGGACCUGUCGCGCGGAGCCUGGUCCGCGGUGUCGGCGGAAGCCAAGGAUCUGAUUCGCGCAAUGCUGUCUGUUAAUCCCGACGAGCGGAUCUCUAUGGCGCAGGUCGUCGCGCAUCCGUGGAUCAAGGCGGCUUCCAGGCGAAAGCCAGUGGUUACCACGUUGUUCGCCGGGACUGGAGCGAUCGGAGCGCUUUCGCCUGCUGUUUCCAGUUCGCUGACUCCGAGAACUCCCGUCGAUUCUCUGGUGAGUCCACCUGGUUACCAGAAGGAUGCGAACGUCAGCGAUCUUCCUUCUCUUGAUCCAUGCAGUAGAGACGAUGAGGAUGCGAACGAAAAGAACAGGCUUGUCGCAGGGGAAGGAGACGAGGGUAGCUGUGGGUUGUUUGAGAAGAACGCUGAUCAGGAUGCUGAUGUUGCUUCACGCAAGAAGCGUGACGGCAUGAAAGAUAAGGAGAACGCUUGUCCUCCAGUUCAUCCGACGGCUGCACGAGGCGUUGCAGGGGACGCGGCCUUAGGACCAUCGAUUGUGCUUCAAGCUCAAGCAGCAGGGGGAGCAGAGAAGCAGGACAUCAAGGAGAAGGCAUCUUUCUGGGAUUCUUUUCUUCCUGCCCUGGGUCCAUCUCGUGGGAAAUGGAGGAUGGGCUUUUAG